AUGUAUGGAAUAAAUCAGAGCUGCUUGUACAUUUCUUUUCAUCUAUUCGUGGUCUGGUGUCACGCACAGGGGGAGAAGAAUCACCCUUCUCCUAAUUUUAAGCAGUAUGUGAGGGAACAGGGCUCACUGACGGACCAGCUGAGCCGGCGGCAGGUCCGAGUCUACCAGCUGUACAGCAGAACCAGCGGCCGACACGUGCAGAUCCAGGGCAAGAGAGUGACCGCCACCGCAGAGGACGGAAACACUUUCGCCAGGCUAUAUGUGGAGACAGACACCUUUGGAAGUCGCGUUCGAAUUAAAGGAGCAGAGAGUGGCAGAUACUUGUGCAUGAACCGCAGGGGGAAGCUAGUGGGCAAGCUCAAUGGCAGAGGAAGGGAUUGCAUCUUCACAGAGAUUGUGCUGGAGAACAACUACACUGCUUUCCAGAACGCUAAAUACGAGGGCUGGUACGUGGCCUUCAGCAGGAAAGGUCAGCCCAUCAAGGCUUCCAAAACCAGGGAGAACCAGCGAGAGGUUCACUUCAUCAAGCGCCUCCACAAAGGUCACCUUCCCUUCCCAAACUCGGACCAACCCAAACACUUUGAGUUUAUUAGCUUUCCACCGAACCGACGGGCUAAACGCAACAGAAAAUCCCACGCUCCUUCCUAA